AUGCCGAGCCACGCUUUUAGCCCUAGAGCCCAUGCAGCGCCACCUCCGGUCGUAGGGUUGAUCUACAACAGAGGUCCGGCAGCUGCCACUUCUUUCGACAUCGUGAUCACCGCGGCGACAGCGUUCAGACAAGUGACCCAGAACACCGCCAUCCUCUCGUUCUGGACGACGGAGGAGAGCAGAAUGAGGAUUGUUCUGUUCCGUCCACCAGCCAGGAGCAAGUUAACCUUUAGCACAACAUCGGUCGUCAUCGACGUCGACGUCGUUGCGAUACCGACGAGGAGGAGGACUAUUCUCCCAUUGCGGGAAGUGACGCCAAGCAAGGCAAGGAUGAGGAUGUCGUCCGGCCGCCACGAGGGAAGCGCCGCAGGGUCCAAAACGCCGCCAGAGUCAGCGCAGCAUUUCCAAGCUGCGAUUUUCAAGGGGGUCCGCUUUGGAAGGGAGACAAUCGAGGCCGCUUUCGCAAGCUUUGAGGAAUGGCCACUUGAAGCGGUCCUCAAGCUCGUUUGGGUGGACGGUGCAGCGACUUUUCAGGUGGAGUUCACGUGGAAUCCCCGUACGAAUCAUGGACGCAAUGACCGCGCACCGGAAAUCCCGCGGUGCAAGUCACUGGCAGGGAAGACUUCCUCGACGGGGCGCGCUCUCCCUUCAAGAGUUGCCUCUACGGCUGAGGAGGUUCAAGGCGACGAGUAUUUUGAGAUGGAGGAUAUUCGGGACUGGAGACAGGGAGAAGAGGGGCGGGAGUACCUGGUCAAGUGGGCAGGCGCGGAGGAGAUGCAUUGUGCAGAAGAUGGUCUGGAGCACGCCGCAUCGGGCCCACACUCUCUAAAGCGGAGCGUGGGGUGGAAAAGACAUGCUUGCUCCUUGGCUGGUCACUCCAUCUGGUGCGUAGAAGACCUCGCUGAUGUUCCCGAUAUGUCCGUGCACCGUAGCACCGCCACAGCUCUCUGCCGCUACCUGGGAUCGGCGGGCAGCGGGAACAGCGGGAUGACCCCGAUGGCCUCCCCGGAGGCGGCGGAGGCGGCCCCCUACGCGCUCAGGCGCUCAGGCGCUCAGCAGAGUCAUAUCUAG